AUGGGCACCGGCCAAGGAAACCGACCCUCGAAUCAGCAGCAGCAGCAGCAGCAACAGCAGGCGCCUUACCCACCGCAGCAGCGAUACUACGUUCAACAACCACAGCCGCCGCAACCACAACCUCAAUAUCAACAGCAAUACCAACCAUACCAACCGCCGCAGCAAACCCAAUACUACAACCCUCCCAGGCAGCCUCAAUACGCCUCCAGGCCGACUUCUCCUCAACCACCACAUCGCAAGCCAACCCAGCAGCAGCAGCAGCAGCAGCAAUGGCAGUACCCCGCCGCCCAGCAGCAAUUCCUCGCCGAGCUAGAAGUCCCAGCUUCAGUCCCGAGACCGACAUCGACGUCAUCACCCACCACCACCACCACCACCACCACCACAUCAACCCCAGUGCCGAGUGCCGGAGCAACACAACAUGGCCCCGUCGCCUACGAGAUGCCCGCUGACGACGCCGUCGCAGUCAAAUCCGCGACCCAUCAAAUCCCCAGAAAACCGCACAGGAUAGCCUCCGCCUCUUCCGUCGCUGCAGCAUCAUCAACAUCACCACCUCCGGCAUCGCCUGCCGCAGCCAGACCGGAAACCAAACACGACGACGACCCAGAUCAACAAACGGGCCAGAAGCAGGCCCCGCCGCCCCAGCCUCUUAUCCAGGCGAACCCAUGGGGCUUCUUCCUCGAAGACGACAUCCCCCCGCGCAACACCCACUCCGCCACGCCGAGCAAGGAUGACGCAACCCCGGAAGACCAGACGCUGUCGGUGAAACCGCUGCGCAUCGUAAAGACCGGUUCUACCGAGGAGUCUAGCGGGCAGGCAAGCAGAUCUUCGAGCAGUGUCGCGGAUGAUGUGACGCCCCCUCAGCCGCUGCAGUUCACAGCAGCAGCGCCGGCAGUCCAGGGCAGCAAUGGCUCCGACUUGUCCCAACUAGCUCCGGCACCGUUAAGGCUCGCCCGGCCGCAGUCCCCGGCUGCGCAACCACGUCCAUCCCGGUCCCCAAGUCCGGCAAUCUCUACCGCUCCGGCCCCCGAAGCAUCCAAGCUCCCGUAUCCCGCCGAAGGUCCGUCCAUCCCCACAGCGGACUCCCACCCUCACCACCAGUCGGGGCCUCAAACGACGCUCCCCUUCCAUAUCCGUCCUGCUGGCUCCCCUUCACCUGUCUCCCCUUCCUUCGCGCCCUCGCACUUUUCGCCGUCGCCAACGGGCAUCUCGGCACCGCAUCCACAGCUACAGUCGCAUCAACACCAUCCGCAACAAUCACAACCUCACCCCCAACCCGCCUACACCCAACCCGCCUCCGUAUCACCAGUCAUCUUACAGUCCGUUCUGCCGCCAACCCUCCCCGUGAGCUCCUACUUUCCCCAGCAACCCUCCUACGCCCGACAGGAAGCCAUGUCACCCUCUCUCUCGGCCCAUCACAGCCCAAUAGCGUCCACAUCGAGACCGUCGACGUCGCAUGGAGCCUCCCAGGCCUCCCAACACUUCUCAGACCAACCCUACGCAUCUCCUCCGCCUUCGUACAACCAGGCCAUGUCCCAAAUGCACCUAGCAAACACCUCGCCAACGCCCACACAGACACAAUGGCUCCCUCCAUCGCGACCGCCCCCUCUCCAAAACCUAUCACCAAACCCAGCCGGCGUCCCGCUACCCCUUAGCCCUCCGCCGACGCAGUACACCUACUCUCCCACCAGCAUGGGCGCCCAAUCCCUCUCUCCUCUGCAACAGCAAUUCACAGGCUACAACAUGCCGCCGCCCCCGGUCCGCCAACCAACCUACGUCAACGGAACCCAAUACUACCAGCCGCAGCCGACACCGACACCCCCACCCCUCCCGCCUCGCAACUCUCCUACCAUGCCGGGCACGCCGCACACGGGCUACGGCGCCCUCACACCCUACGGCGGACCUCCUCCCCCAACCCGGCCAAACUACCAAGCCCCGCCACCGAAAGCCGAAUCCCGCCUCUUCAGCAGCGCCACGGCGCGGAAGCUGCUCACCAAGACGACCGAGCUCGUGGACCAGACCAUCACGCCCUAUCUCCAGGAUAGCCGAUACUACCGGCCUCCCCAAAACUGGUACCAAAACCAGAACCAGAGCCAGAGCCAGUUCACGCAGCAGAACUAUCAGUACCCGAACCGGCCGUCAACAUCUCAGGGGCAGCAGCAGCAGCAGCAGCAACAGCAACAUUACCAGCAACAGCAGAGCUACGCCCCUUCUCAACGUGUGUAA